CUUGCAAGGCGAGCAUGUUCGUACAUCCACCCGGGAUUGUCCGCAAAAACAGGAGGAAAAUCACUGGCUUCUCGAGAAGCUUUCCUUUCCCACGGUGAGAGGAUCGGGUUCGCGAAGAAUCUCGUCCUCAGGACUAAACAUUUUCAAAAUAGAUUAUUAUACAACAUGGACGCGUUGAAAUCAGCCGGGCGCGCGAUCAUUCGCAGUCCGAGCCUGGCAAAACAGUCAUGGAUCUCUGGAAAACACAAAAAGCUGCCAGAGAACUGGACGGACACGCGGGAGACUCUGUUGGAGGGUAUGGUCUUUCAGCUGAAGUAUUUAGGCAUGACGUUGGUACAGGAACCCAAAGGAGAAGAGCUGUCAGCUGCAGCUGUGAAGAGAAUUGUUGCUACAGCUAAAGCCGGUGGUAGAAAGCUUCAGAAGGUGACGCUGAAUGUCUCACCUCGAGGAAUUGUUCUGUAUGACGGUGUAUCAAAUCAGUUGAUAGAGAACAUAUCCAUAUACAGGAUAUCGUAUUGUACAGCCGAUAAGAUGCAUGAUAAAGUGUUUGCCUACAUCGCUCAGACUCAAGGCAGCGAGACGUUGGAGUGUCACGCAUACCUUUGCGCUAAGAAGAAGGUGGCUCAGGCCGUGACGUUAACAGUGGCACAGGCUUUCCGUGUGGCGUUUGAGUUUUGGCAGACUGCUAAAGAAGAGAAAGAGAAGCAGGUGAAGUGUGUAUCAGAUGAAGAGGCAGCGAGCAGCUCUCAGUCCGAGAGUUCAGCCAGUCUGGGCAGCAUGAAAGGCGAUGUGGCCAUUGGGAAUCUCCUGGACCUUGAGGCUGGGGGAAAAAAUCACUCAGGACAGAACCACAUGCACCCUGCACAAAACCUUAGCACAGAAAACAACAACACUGUAUGGGAGCUGGAUGAUGGUUUAGAUGAAGCUUUCUCCAGCCGCAGUCUGGAUAGUUUUGAGUCCAACACAGACUCGCUCAGUCUCGCACUAACCCCCAGAUGCUGGACAUUGGGGUAAACCCUCAAGACUAUAACACAGAGGAGUGCUUGUCGCCUAGCAACUGGGACAAAGCUGAUGUCGAGGCUGCCGACGGCGAGGAUGCGUUCGUAUUCGGAGAGACAAUUUGAGGGUGAGGGGCGAAGGGGAACGAGUUGAUGAAUUUACACAAAGGGAAUCAACCUCGCCGGUCAUCUCAGUAGCGCCAUCCAGUGGCUAAAGCUGCAUCCAGCUAGUUAAGAUGAGGUUUAGUAAACCCAAUGUGACUUCAACAAGAGCACAGACCAAAGCAAUACAGUAUAAACACAUUGUAUUUUUCAAUUACGUUUGUGUUGACAUUUACGUUUUAUAUUACUUCCGUUGCUAUGAAUUACUUAUAUUUUAGUUUUUUAAUGUUUUUGAAUACAACGCGUGUGUGUGUGUGUAUGUAUGUACAGUAUAUGAAAAUAACUGUAUUAUAUCAAAUCAUUUAUUAUUAUUAUUAUUAUUAUUAUUAUUUUUAAUGGAUUUAAGCGCUAUCUUUGCGAUUCUAUGCAGUGGAAUGUCAGAUACAAUUUGUAAAGUUUAUUUAGAUCAGCGCUGUCUGAUCUUUAGUCGAGACUGUGGUUUUAGGUUUGUGUGGUCGUUUAAAGAGCUGAAUUGGUGAGGAUUUUUUUAUGCUGCAGUUGCCUGCUCUUGAACAUAUGACAGAAUUAUAAAAAUAAAUUUUUAAUGAGUUCAUAAAAAAUAGUUACAUGAACAUGAUGGCAUAACACGAUAGACAAAAGCAGGGUAUUUAUAUGAGAAAACCUUAUUUUUUGCUAUUAAACUGUAUUUUUGCACUGUUUGUCUUUUUACAGCUUAUGAUGUCUUUUGAGGUCAUCAAGAUGAUUACAGUUUUCUGCUUGUUUGCUUAUUGUUAAUGUUUCAGUGUGUCAUUUGUACUUCCAGAACAAAAAUACCGUGGUAAAACCAUGGUUCAGUAAUGUUAUCUGAUUGUAAUACGGUACUUUUAUAUAUACACAGUGGUAAUGUUUAAUUGCCAUUUACUAUGAGGUAUUUCAAAAACGAUGCACUGUAAAAAUAAUGCAGCGUGAAGUUAAAACAACAUCAAUUUUAAUUACUAUUUUAAGUUUUGACCGGUGAUGAGUUGAAAUUGUUUGAAAACUUGUUUUCUUUUUAAGAUAAAGUAAUAUAAAAUUUAUGUUGAUUUGACAAAAAUGCUGAUUUUUUUCACAGUGUGGUGUUUACCAUUAUGGCACUGUCCAAAAAUAUUUGUUGUCACUUUACAUUAUCAUAUAGCCAAAUCAUACCUGGAAUACUUAAUGAAAACAGUAUAUAUAAUUCUCACCUAAAAAAUACUCAUGUCAAAACAAAAAUAAUAAUGAGUGAACUGACUGAUAGAGGAUGUAACACUGUGGUUUUGCUUUUUAAUGUGAUUAAAUUAUAGGCCAAAGUAAUGCAGUCAGUUUUUUCUGGUUUAAAGCUUGUUCGCUCUCAGUAAUUAUUUAGUUUGUCUUAGAGUCGUUAUUGGACUUUGGGAUAUAUUUUUCAACAUAUCACAGUUUGCAUUUGUCAUUUCAUGUUCAUGGGUCUAUUAAAAGUAUAAAACAUG